AGAGAGAGGCUGUAGAGUCAGGGAAGUUGGGACAUGGGCAUGGCGGGUGGCUCAACUUGUUGCAGAGAAAGGCGUGUUCAAUAAAUCUUUUACCCAGGAUACUGUGGACAAUUGGUUCCAAAGUUCAAGGGUAAAAUCUUACGGAGCACAGCGCACGGCGGAGAACCCGGAGAGGACGAGCAGAGGGAGAAGUGUCGCCGGACUCGUUUGUGACUUUAUAAAGAAAUCGGACAUCGGUGUCGACAGGAACAAACACAGUCAAUACUGAACAUGGCAGACAACACGAGUCCCAAAGGCAGCUCUGGUGACUUUGCCAAAAAAGUCCAGAGGCAGCUGAGCCGAGGCAAAGAAAAGGUGCUGCAGAAGCUGGGGAAGGCCGAGGAGAGCAGAGAUGAACAAUUUGAACAUUGUCUCCGACAGUUUAACGACCAGCAGACUGAUGGGAACAGAAUAUACAAAGACCUGAGGAACUACAUCAACGCAGUCAGAGAUAUGCGUGAAGCUUCAAGACGCCUCUCCCAGUCUCUGUUUGAUUCUUAUGAAUCUACCUGGGCUGGAGAGGAAGACUUAGGAGGCAUCGUGGAGGGGGAGGAUCUCCUGUGGAACGACUACGAGGUGAAGCUAUUAGACCAGGCCGUACGCAACAUGGAGACCUAUGUGAGCCAAUUCCCAGAUGUCAGGGAGAAAAUAGCCAAAAGGGGAAGAAAACUAGUCGACUACGACUCUACCCGUCACCACCUGGAGGCACUGCAGUCUGCAAAGAAGAGGGACGAUAUCAAGAUAAACAAGGCAGAUGAGGAGAUGAAAGCUGCCAAAAACGUGUAUGAAGGCAUCAACAACGAAUUAAAAGACGAGCUGCCUGGGCUUUUUGAAAGCCGUAUUGGAUGCUACAUUUCCGUCUUCUCCGCUGUAUCAAAUCUACGAGAAAUCUUCUAUAAGGAGAUGAGUGUGCUCAAUGGGGAUCUACAGAAUGUGUUGAAGGAGCUGCAGGCUCAGCAUCCCGACAAAGUGUUUGAAGUGAGGGGACUGCAGCGGUAUGGCUCCCUGAGGAGACGAACUCUGAUGUCUCCUAAGGCCUGGAAAGCCAGCUUCUCCGAGUUUCACAGGAGCUACAGCCCUAAAACAGGCCAGAGGUUCAGUUUCAGGUCCCCGGACAAACCUCGCCACAGUACUCUGUCCAGGGAGGGCAGCACUCUGUCCAGAGACGGCAGCACCUAUGGAGUCUCCUCACAGUCCUCUAUCAUAGAGACCCCGUCCUCCGAGUCCCGGGACCUGGACGCAGGGUCGAGCCACAGCGAGAUCACCGGUUCAUCCGCAGAGGAAGACAGCAGUCAAGUGGAAAAGGAGAAGGGCACACAGGAGGAAGAGUCUGAGCCUCCUGCAGAGUCUGACAACAAGGGAGACGGGGAGAAAGCUCCAAGUGAGAGCAGCUCUGAACUGAACAUCUCCUGUGAUUCAGUGAGUUUGGAUCUCCAGCUGUCUGCAGCCGACGGCCCGCUGCACAUCGAGGAAAGAGACGACAGCCCCGUAGGCCUCAACACGUCCAAACCAAACGGCCUGGAGAACGGGGAAGUUUCUGGGGUGAAGGACCUCAGCAUUUCUCACAAGGAUGCUCCUGCAGAAAAAUCUCCUGACCCGAAAAGCACAACCGUUUAAAGUGUUAAGACUGUAACACAAGCAGAGAAACACAGCAGAGAUUGAAGUCAGCAGCUGCACGAGGGGGAAAAAAAAAUGCGGAGACAGCCGCACUGAAGUGUCCAACUGUGCUGUCAGGAGCGACGUUCUGUGCCUCGACUUGUUGGUGUUAGUUUUCUUAUUUAUCUGUUCUAGAAAUCAAUUGUACACACAGCAAAAACAGUGAUGUGAAACUUAAUCUGUCAUAUUUUUCAUCUUAAUAAUCCAGAUACAUUUGUGCUUAAGUCAUUUUUUUUUCGAACGUUAUCCCACAGAUUAUAUUCUGCAGCAAACAGGAAAAUAUCAGAGUCGUUGUCUUGUAAAUCUAAUGUUUGCAGAGAUACAAACAUGAGGUUUUCAUGGUGUGUUCACUGUAUAGGAAGGAACUGAGCUGAACUCUUAUUGCCACCGACCAAAAAGAAAGACAGAAACUAUGUUGAGUUUUUAAUUCUUUCCUUUUUUCUUGGCAGGGAUUUGUUAUCUGAACUUAAUAACUGAACGUAUGUCUCGUCACUUUAACUCAUAAAAUCUGUUAAUUAUCUCUACACUUACAAUUAUCUGAAGAUAAAACAUUGUGUAACACUGAACUUGAUUUUAAUAACCUGUUGAAUAUGCACUGACCCUCCUGGGUGAAGCUGAUGGAUGGAUGGAUGUAUAUGAUAAAUAAAAAAAUGCAUUUAAUUUAAA